GGCGAGCACUUCCGGGUCGUCGGCGCAGCUCUGCGGCUUCUGCGACGGCCGAGGAGGUGGUCGGGUAGUAGGUGCUUCCUGCUGGGCUGCUGGCUGCUCCGCUUCUGUCCGCUCCGCGGCGGGAAGCGCCUUCCCCACAGAACUUCCAUGCUGUUUUCCAUAGUGGCUGCAGCAGUUUGCAUUCCUGCCAACAGUGCACAAGGGUCCCGUUUUCUCUACUUUCUCGCCCACACUUAUUUCUUGUCUCCUUGAGAAUUGCCAUUAUCACAUGUGUAAGGACAUCAAUGCAAGCCUGAAUAAGAAAAACAGUUUCUUCCUCCUAAGCCAUGGCAUAUCAGUUAUACAGAAAUACCACUUUGGGAAACAGUCUUCAGGAGAGCCUGGAUGAGCUCAUACAGUCUCAACAGAUCACCCCCCAACUUGCUCUCCAAGUUCUCCUUCAGUUUGAUAAGGCUAUAAAUUCAGCAUUGGCCCAGAGGGUCAGGAACAGAGUCAACUUCAGGGGCUCUCUAAAUACGUACAGAUUCUGCGAUAAUGUGUGGACUUUUGUAUUGAAUGAUGUUGAAUUCAGAGAGGUGACAGAACUUAUUAAAGUGGAUAAAGUGAAAAUUGUAGCCUGUGAUGGUAAAAAUACUGGCUCCAAUACUACAGAAUGAAUGGGGAAAAAAAUGGCUUUUUUAUGCCAUCUUCUGUUAUUAUUCAUCGCUUUUUUGAGGAGAAGCAUAGAAGAGACUUUUUUUAUUUAUUCUAGCAUCGCAGAAAUGACUACACUGUGCUAUACUAUCAGAAUUCCAAUAGAAAGAAGCUUGUAACUAUAGCCUCUUACCUUUUCAGCAUGAAGAAACAGAAGUUUUUUUUAAUAACAUUGUUGCCUUCCUAAAAACAUUCUUUAAUAAACUCAUUUUAAAACUCAA